AUGGCUACAGAUGGAGCUGGUUGGCAAUGGCCUCAGGGUAUGGAAGCAAAGCCCGAACCGUCAACUUCACAGCCGGCAUUUGACUUCCACCAUCCUCCGCGAUCAUCAGAUUCCUAUUCUUUCACACCCGAAGACGAAGGCGAAGAAGUGCGGGGAGAUGAUUCUCCAGAAGAAUCCACACCUGAACCACCACAAACGGAAAAUUCUGCGAAUGCGCGGGAUCACUAUCCGACACGGCAAUGUAGGAUAUGCUUAGAAGAAGUACAUCCAUCCUUUGAGCCAGCUGCGGAAGGUUUAAGCACCUUUCUAAAACCGAAACCAAAGGUCGAAUAUAUUUCGUCGGAUCCUGAAUCUGGCAGACUUAUACGGCCAUGCAAAUGCCGAGGUUCUCAGAAAUACGUUCAUGAAGGAUGUUUACAGGAAUGGAGACAUGCGGAUCCUGCGUAUGCUCGUCGAAAUUAUUGGGAAUGUCCUACUUGCAAAUUUCAAUACCGGUUAGAGCGGAUGAGAUGGAGUCGAGCUAUUCAGAGCACUCUUGUUCAACUUGGACUUACAGCAUUCAUUAUGCUCAUAACGGUAUUUCUAUUGGGAUUUGUAGCGGAUCCUAUUCUCAACCUUUACUUCGAGCCGGCUGCGACAAUCUCCUCUAUUGCGACCGGUCAUGGAGUUGGACACCUAGAUUUCGAAGAUGAUGUUGAAGACUAUGGUGGUUGGGUAGUUCAUUUUAUGAAAGGAUUGUCGUCUAUAGGGGUCAUUGGGCUUGUCAAGGUCCUCUUCACUCUGAAUCCAAUUAGUUGGUGGAAUAUUCGACAGACAGGCCUGGUUGGAGGUGGCCGUGGUCGCAGAGAAAGGAAUGAAGGAAACUUCUCCUUUAUCAUAAUUGUUGGAAUUAUUGCGUUUUUAUUUGCAUUAUGGACUUGGGUUAGGGCCUGGUCAAGACGAACUCUUGAGAGAGCAGGUGAACGAGUCGCCGAUGUUCAAGGUGAUGAUGACCAUGACCAAGAACACACAGAAUAA